AUUCUCGACCUUGACUCUUAUUGACCAUCUUGACCGCAAAAGAAAUCAACCACACACAAUGAUCAGGCGACUCCCAAGCUCCCUAUCACGGCCACUCGUUUCACCACUCGCCGCCACCACCUCGCGCCACGCAGCCGCAGCCGUCCGCUUCAACUCGUCCAUCGGCAAGCCAACACAUCCGCUGGGCCAGAACAGCGGCACGACGCACCCGCGGCGCUGGAUCGCGGGCUCGCUCGCCAUCGGCACUAGCGCGAUCCUCGUCGCGUACUACUAUGACUCGCGCUCCGUCGUGCACGAGCACGUCGUCAUGCCGCUCAUCCGCCGCCUGGUCCCCGACGCCGAGGACGGCCACAAGAUUGCCGUCAAGAUCCUCUCGCUGCCGUCGUGGGCAAGACCGCACGACACGGGCGUCGACGGCCCCGAGCUCGAGACCGAGCUCUUCGGCCUCCCCCUCUCCAACCCUGUGGGCGUGGCGGCUGGCUUUGACAAGGACGCCCAGGCCAUCGACGGCCUGUUCGACCUCGGAUUCGGCUACGUCGAGGUCGGCUCGGUCACCCCCGUCCCGCAGCCAGGUAACCCCAAGCCCCGGUUCUUCCGCCUCGAGGAGGACGACGCCGCAAUCAACCGAUACGGCUUCAACUCGCUCGGCCACGGGCACGCGCUCGCCCAGCUGCGCUCGAGGCUGGUCAGGUUCUCCCAAGAGCACCCCACGCUGUUCCCAAAUGCUACUGGUAACCCCCUGCCGCCUGACGGCCUCCCGCGCUCCCUCCGCCCAGGCCACAUCCUCGGCGUCAACCUCGGCAAGAACAAGACGUCGCCUGCGGACUCGAACGAGGGCUACGUCAAGGGCGUCCGCCUCCUUGGCCCCUACGCCGAUGUCAUUGUCAUCAACGUCUCGUCGCCCAACACGCCUGGCCUCCGUGCACUCCAGGGUGCCGAGGAGCUCGAGCGCCUCUUGUCUGAUGUCAAGGCUGAGCGCGAGAAGAUUGUCCAGAACGGUCUGCCCAAGAUCGCCGUCAAGGUCACCUGCGACUUGAGCGAGGAGGGCCUUGCCGACGUUGCCGCCGCCGUCAGGAAGACGGGCAUCGAUGGUGUCAUCAUCUCCAACACGACCCUUCGCCGCGAGGGCCUCCAGUCUGAGAACAAGGACCAGGUCGGCGGCCUCUCGGGCCGCCCGCUGUUCCCUUACGCCCUCGCGGCGCUCAAGACGCUCCGCCCCCUCCUCCCUCCCUCGGUGCCCAUCAUCGGCGCGGGCGGUAUCUGGACGGGCGAGGACGCGCUCGCCAUGGCGCGCGCCGGCGCGUCCACGGUGCAGGUGUACACGUCGUUCGGGUACCGCGGCGUCGGUACGCCCGCGCUCAUCAAGGACGAGGUCAGCCGGCUCCUCGUGCCGGCCGACGCUACGUGGCGCGAGCAGAUCGGUGCCGACUUCAAGGACACCCACCUGGGCUGGGACGAGUCGCGUGUCGCUGCUGAGAGCGCGCGCCUGCGCGCCGAGGCCGCCAGCCUCGCCGACGUCCUCCGCCAGGCGGCCGAGAAGGACAGCCUCGCCUCUCUCGUCGCUGAGACCGAGGCCGCCCUCGCGCGCUACAAUACUCCGUCCUCGCCCGCUGCUGCUGCUGCUGCUGCUCCCAAGGCCAUCGGCGCCGCCCCCGCGUCCACGCCAGCAGCAGCACCUACCGUCGGCCUGAUCACUGGCGUGCCAGAGGUGGCUGUUGUGCCCGCAAGCGACGCACCUCUUCCCAUCGAGGCGCCCGCCCCCGUCCCCGAGCCUACACGGCAGGACGCGUGGGCCGACGAGGUCCGCUCGGGGCCUCGCAGGCUAGUGUAAACCGGCGAUGAUGACAUUAGACUACAUAUUGCAUGCAUCAGGUCUUUUGAGGUCUAA